GCCCCCGCCAUGGUCGGUAAGCGAGCAGGGCUAACUGCUCUUGUGUCGGACAAGGUCUCCGAGUUUGGUGGCUCGAUUUUAAAGUACCAUUGUAUUUUGCAUCAGGAGCAACUGUGCGCUAAAAACAUGGGCUUGAAAAACGUAAUGCAGGAUGUCGUCGCCAUUGUCAACAAUAUUCGCUCAAAGGCCCUCUCACACCGUCAAUUCAAAGCUCUGCUUGAUGAGAUGGAUGCCCAGUAUGGUGAUGUAUUGUACCAUCAGGAGGUGCGGUGGUUGAGCCGUGGGAAAGUUUUGCGGCGUUUCUUUGAUCUGCGCGAGGAAAUAAGAGAGUUUCAAGCCACGAAGACGAACAACAUCCAAGUGCCCACGGACAGACACUGGCUUGCAGACCUGGCUUUUCUUGUGGACAUCACAGAGCUGCUGAAUAUCCUCAAUCUUCAGCUCCAAGGGAGAGACCAGAUGAUCACGCAGAUGUAUGACCAUGUCAAAGCCUUCAAGCAAAAGCUCCAGCUGCUUAGCAGACAUCUUUCAACAGGAAAUUUGGCACAUUUCCCCAGCCUCAGAGAAGUUGGGUUGAUGGAGGAAGACACACCAAAAUACCUCGACAUUCUCAACAAUCUUGAGGUGGAGUUCGACCAUCGCUUUGAAGAUUUUCGUGGAAAUACAACAGCAUUUGAGCUGUUUGCUCAACCUUUUUCUGUGAAUGUGGAUGCAGUCAGUGAGGAGCUUCAAAUGGAACUUUUGGAACUUCAGUCUGAUUCAGACCUCCAUAGCAGGUUCAGAGAGCUUUCCUUACAAGAUUUUUACAGGUCUAUUCCCGCACACAGAUAUGGCAAGAUCCGCAAACAUGCCCAGGUUAUGUUAUCCCUCUUUGGAAGUACUUAUGUCUGUGAGCAGGCUUUCAGCCUUAUGAAUCUUAACAAGUCCAAACUGAGGAAUGCUUUAUCUGACUCUCACCUACAUGACAUUCUCACUUUGUCAGUUAGUCAGCUUGAACCUGAUAUUGAGAGGCUUUUAAAAACCAAGAACAGGCUUCAUGUUUCCCACUGAUUGGACUACUACAGGCAGAAUAUGUAGGCCUGCCCUAGGCCCCCAUUGUGUCACCUGGGAGUAUGGUAGGCCCAAGGACUGGUAAUGUUCCACACCUGUCCACAAAUAUUUCAUAGUGCUUCAGUUAUUUUUUUAAUUUAAAGAAGCCAGAUCGAUGUUCUGAAAUGUUUUUGACCUAAAUGUGAAGCACAAUAAA